GCUCUCACAUCAGAUGCGUGUUGUGAUGUUCAAUGCGUUCAAAUGCACAUGAACCUCCUUAUUAAUUAAAAGUAUGGUUAAAGAAUUAGUUUGGAAAAAUAAAAGCAAUCAAAACAAAACGUCUCGGACGAGUGAAUACUGAAGAACUUAAUUGUCCUCCAGCGAGUUACAUUUUGAGUGCGGCAUUUGUUGGCAGCUUGAAUACUGAAUCGUUGUACGAUGGAACCUGCCCAGAAUGCUUCAACCUGCCCCCCUGAGGCUGCACAGGACGAAAGCCUUGAGGUUUCUACAUCUAGUCACAAUAAAGAGGAUUCAACGAAGAAAACCCUCUGUGAUCAAAAAUCGCACGUCACGAAAAAUCCUGGUAAAGGUGGAGGUGAGUGUGAAUCAAAGAGACUGACUCCCAUCCUAGGAAGUUGCAGAGAAUCCCCCCAGCCAGAACAAUCAGAGACUGGAGAUGGUGAGAGUGCAGAGGCUCGACUGAGCCAUGAGGACUCCUCCUCGAAAGACACAUCGAGGGACUCCAGUGGAUCCUUAAGAGAUUCUACACAGGAUGAGAAUAAAAAAAAACGAUCACAAGCUCCUGGUGGUCGAAAGAAGUCCUCAGAAACCCCAAAGGACUCUGAAUCCCCAGAAAUUCUUCCAACAAUCUCUAAUCCCUCAAAGACCUCUCCCCCAUGUGAAAGUGAUCCAGAUUCCGCAGAAAGUUGUCGAGAAAAACCAACAACUUCCGGUAAAAAUUCUGAGAAAUCGAAAGAGACCCCUGUAUCAUCAAAACCGUCAUCCCCUCAUACAGAUGGAGUUGUCGCCCUAGAGGAAACUUCUUCAUCUUCAAAACCAGGAUCCCCACUCGAUGAGUCUUCCAAAUCGCCUGGUUCCGAGCCGAAGCCCUCAGAAGAUGACAAAAUAGAAUCGGUAACUCUGGAUAGUGACCUUGAAAAGGACGAGGACAAGGAUCGAGAACCUGAGAAAACUGAGUUCGUGCAGAUAUCGCAGGAUAAACCAGAUGAUAAUCCCCUGGAGGGUCCAUCGGAGGCUGAGGACCCCUUCGGGGGUGACACUCUAGCUGCUGAUAAUGUUGAUACCAUGGACACUGACGACAACAAUGAGAGAGACAUAAAUUUUUCGAAGUUGGGGGAUCAGGCUGACAACCUCCAGGACGCUGUCAAGGCGACGUCAUCCAAAGAAACUUCAAGCACGCCAACAGAGAGUGACAACCUCCAAGACCCUGAGUCCUCGAAAAAGUCGUCAGACGCAGAGGAGGUCGAGGAAGUAUCUGAAGGCCUUUCAGAGGCGCAAAAGUCCCAGGAUAAAUCCGAUAAAUCGAGUGAAAAAGUCCCUCAGUCUGAAGUGCAUGUGAUUCCCCUUGAGACAGACGAGCACUCGACAGUCCUUCCAGGACAAGACGACGAGCUUUGCAUCAUCCCUGAUGAUAUGAAGAUAAUCAUCCCCGGAAAAUCAGGCUCCAAGAAAGAUCCCCCUAAGGCGCCAGAACCGGCAGCCCCUGAGAAACCCUCAGUUAAGGUUUCGAAACUUGCAAAAGCCCCUGAACACUCUAAUAAAUCGAAAUCGUCAGACGCAACUUCUGCAGCGAUAACAGAUAAGGUGAUAGACCUGGAUAUCGAGGUCAAGAGCUCGGAAGAAAUAUCGGAGAUUACACUCCCCGAGAAACACGUCUGUAAACAAUGUCAGGAGGAGAAGCCCUGUAAGAUAAAAGUGAAAAUUGGAAGUGAAGAGUUCAGGGUUUGUUCGAAAAGAUGUCAAAGCUCCUUCAUGGAUACCCAUGGAAAGGCUACAGACAUUCCCUCAGAAGGGGCUAAUUCAAAAUACGAGAAACGCUGUGCCAGCUGUCUUUUGAUAGUCGAAUCCAAUGACGAAAGAAAUCUCUCUUGGGAAACGAUGGAAUUCUGUAAUGAAGAAUGUCUGGGAAAAUUUCAGACCAAGUACGGGAGUUACUGCAGGAACUGCAAUGGAAAUGUACAACCAAUUUCCUUGGGGAAAUAUUGCGUUCGUUUUGGUUUCGACGUUCGUCAGUUCUGCUGUUCCACGUGCCUGGAGGAGUUCAAAAAAGGCCUCAAGGUGUGCAGCUACUGCCAGAAGGACAUCAGCUCGGGGACAGAUGGUUUUCUUGCCCCAGUCGGUGAUAAAGGCCAAUUCAAGGACUUUUGCACUCAACAGUGCAUGGAAAAAUACUCGAGAAUGAAUUCUACGGAACCACCACCUACCGAGCGAAAGGCCUGCAGCGUCUGUCAGGAAGAGAAAAUAGUCUUCUGCGAGGUUCAGAUAGACAGGGGUCAGUCCCAAGCCAUUUGCAGUGAGCCAUGCUUUGCAGCCUUCAAGUUUGUCAACAAAGUUGAUCCAGACCACUGUGCUACGUGUAAAAAGUACUUCCAAGUAGGUAACAAGAAGAGCACAGUUGUCUUCUACAACAACGAGGCACACACCUUCUGCAGUAAAAGUUGUCUCAACAUUUUCAUCAUUACAAACAGAAAAAUCGUUCCCUGUAACUGGUGCAAAGUCAAGAAGUACAACUUCGACAUGAUAAAAAAGGAGUUAAAGUCCGGACAAGUAGUCAUGAUGUGCAGUCUCAAUUGUCUCACCCUCUACCAGGUAUCCAUUAACGCAGUGUCAGCGAGAAGAAUUCGUUGUGACCUCUGCAAAGAGUUCUCUCAGGCCCAGUACCACCUCACGAUGUCAGAUGCAACAAUUAGAAAUUUCUGCUCCUAUAAUUGUGUCAUGAAGUUCCAAGCGCAGUACACUAAGUCCCCAAUAACAAUUCCCUCCGGGGAGGACGCACCUGUUCCCACAGGAAUGCCCAAACGCACCUAUCCAGGGAAGGUUCAACCCCUCGGGGUUGUCAAGAAAGUCACAGACAUGCAGAACGCCAGCCUUCAGAGUAAAAAAUCGCUUCCUGUGAUAUCAUCAGUGGCUAGUCUAGCUUCUCUACCGUCGAAUGGACAGCCCGCUAUCACCCAGAAAGCCACGAAUAACGUUGUAAAUUUGAACAGUGCAACGAUAACAAAUCCAACAGCUGUCCCGGGCACGCCAAUUCUUUUCAAACAACAGGUAAUCACCAGACCCCCAAGUCCUGUCCAGAUGCACAAUAAAAUGACCCAGUGCAAACCCCUGAUGCACACCAAAGGGGUAUCAGUAAAACCCCACCCCUGCACAAAAUCCACACAGACUGACGAGAUCCAAAAGGUCAUAAUUCCCAUUCCAGUACCCAUUUACGUACCGUUUCCAGUCCACAUGUUUUCUUUUCCAUUUCCUGUGCCCAUGCCCUUCCCCUUACCAAUCCCAGUUCCCAUAUUCAUUCCAACAACGCGAAACAGUGCCAAGGGUAUAUUCAAAGAGCUCAAAAAAAUUCAGGAGAAAUUGCCAUCAGAUCCCUUCGAGGCAGAGCUCCUCAUGAUGGCGGAGAUGGUGGCGACUGAUAAGAAGAAGACAGAGAGUGACUCUGAAUCUGAUGACAAUGGGAAUGAGAAUGAGAAUGUCGAGGUGAGUGAGAAUGCUGUUGAGGAGAAGCAGGAUCCUGUGGAUGGAGGUAAUGCGUUUGGUGAAGAGAUGCUCCAGAUGGCCUUGAAAAUGGCAACAGGAGAGUUAGAGGAACCGGCUGUCGACCUCGAGGCAGCGCUGACGCCUAGCACAAUUGCAGCUACACCUCAGGGACAGGGUGAUGGAGAGGAGAACCAGGUGGAGAGACAGACACGUGGAAGGAAGAGAACAGUGACCCACAAGGCGAAAGGGGCUAAUAAAAAGGGCAAGAGGUCUGCCAGCACUGGGGAGCCGCCUCUGAUGCCUCCACCAGAGUCUCAGACACCCACGCGAACUGUCGAACCCCUUGAGAAACCUGACGCCAAUAUGGCACUGAAAUUUACCUUUGGGGUGAAUGCCUGGAGGCAGUGGGUCAUCACGAAAAAUGCUGAGAUGGAGAAAAACGCUGGGAACAAGAUUGUUAAACCCUUCAAGACCGAUUUGCUUCAGCUCACUGCUGAUGAGCUUAAUUACUCAUUGUGUCUGUUUCUGAAGGAAGUGAGGAAACCCAAUGGAGCAGAGUAUGCGCCUGAUACUAUUUAUUAUCUUUGUCUUGGUAUUCAACAGUAUCUCUUUAAGAAUAAUAGGAUUGAUAAUAUCUUUACGGAUUCGUAUUACGAGAAAUUUACCGAUUGUUUGAAUGAAGUGGCUACCAAGUUUUCAGUUUUGUAUAAUGAGGCACAUUAUAUUGUGACGAGGGUCGAAGAGGAACAUCUCUGGGAGUGCAAGCAACUCGGAGCACACUCACCCCAUGUCCUCUUGAGCACACUCAUGUUUUUUAAUACGAAACAUUUUAAUUUAACGACUGUCGAGGAACAUAUGCAGCUGUCAUUCUCACAUAUAAUGAAACAUUGGAAGCGAAAUCCAGCCGCACAAGCUGCAGCAGGUGCUGGGAAGCCUCCUGGAGCGAGGAACGUACUCCUGAGAUUUUAUCCACCCCAGGCUGCGCUAGAAGCUAAUUCGAGGAAAAAGAAAGUGUACGAGCAGCAGGAGAACGAGGAGAACCCCUUGAGAUGUCCAGUAAAACUCUACGAAUUUUACCUGUCGAAAUGUCCAGAGAGUGUUAAGAGUCGUAACGACGUAUUCUAUCUUCUUCCUGAACGCAGCUGUGUCCCAGAUAGUCCUGUGUGGUAUUCAACAUCGCCGCUGGCUAAGGAUCAUCUCGUGAAGAUGCUUAAUCGGGUCAAGAUGGUUAAGGAGAUCAAUGUUGCUCUGUGGAGCAGUUAAUCAGGAUUCAUCGUACUGAAGCUCUUCCUCACGCAGGGCGUUGUUUUUUUGUAUGAAAUUAAAAAGAGAUGGAGGUCGAUGCACGUCCGAAAAUUAAUCAUAAAUGAAUUCAGUUGAAC